AUGAAGCCGACGGAUGCAACACGAUGGCAAGAUGUGUCCGCUGAUUUCACCAUCACCGAGACGCAUUGUACGUUACCGUCAAAGGGUCUGAAAGAAUUCACGAGCUAUGAGUUUCGCGUGACAGCUGAGAAUAAGGCUGGCAAGAGCAAACCAUCGGGACCGUCUAAUCCAGUGGAAUUGGGUAUCCCGCUAGAGUUCAUUCGCCCACUAACUGAUGUCGCUCUGACUGAAGCAACAGAACAACCAGUUGUAGUUGAAUGCGAGCUGUCACGUACUCCACAAGGGAAAGUUCAAUGGCUGAAGGACGGAAAGCCACUGAGCCGUCUUCCAGACCGCGUCCGAAUUGAGGAAGACUCAAAUGGUACUGUGCACCGACUAGUAUUCCACCCAUUAACCGAAGAAGAUUUGGGUGUCUACACAAUAAAAGCGGACAAAAUAAGUAGUGAGGCACGAGUGGAUAUGAAAAUUGCACCAGUUCUCAAACUUUCCGAGAAGUUCACCGAUAAAAUCAUCCUCAAAGCUGGAGCAUCCACCGUCAUCGAGGUACCGUUCGCCGCCAGUCCAAAACCAACAGUCCAAUGGACAUGGAAGCCGAGACUGCGUCCUGAUGCCGAACCAGGUGCACCACAAGCUCCUCGAUUCAAACCAGAUGUGGUCUCCGGAAUGACGUCGCUACCACUGGGCAAGGUGAAACGGGAAGACGCUGGUGACUAUGAGGUGGUGAUAAAGAACGAGUUGGGCGAGGUGUCGGUGACGGUGCAGUUGAUAGUGUUGGAUAAGCCAUCUGCACCACGACAACCGGACGUGAGUGAGAACACGGGAGAACGUGGAGUGUUCCAUUGGAUUGACCCGGAAUUCCUCGGUAUCAGUCCGGAUGUCGCUCCAACUGAAGGUAUAACCUACAUUGUGGAGAUGCGUGAAGCCAAUCAAAGGGCAGGUAAACCGGUAACGACGACGAAGGAACUGAGUACGCCUAUUGAUGGGUUGCAGUUGAACAAAUCGUACAUUUUCAGUGUGGCCGCGAAGAACGAAGUUGGUCAAUCAGACUUUGUGGAUAGCAAGCCAGUGUCAACCAAGCUCGAAUAUGGACCACCCCCAAGUCCCGUUAACUUGAAGGCUACAGUCAACCCAGAAAAAGCUCCCGCCGAUCAGCAAACUAUUGAGCUCACGUGGGAACAGCCGACUGACCAAGCGACCAGUGCCGGACCUGUGACCAACUACUACCUCGAAAUGAAGCCGACGGAUGCAACACGAUGGCAAGAUGUGUCCGCUGAUUUCACCAUCACCGAGACGCAUUGUACGUUACCGUCAAAGGGUCUGAAAGAAUUCACGAGCUAUGAGUUUCGCGUGACGGCUGAGAAUAAGGCUGGCAAGAGCAAACCAUCGGAACCUUCUAAUCCAGUGGAAUUGGGCAUUCCACUGGAGUUUGUUCGUCCACUAAAUGACGUUACCGUUACUGAAGUGACAGAGAAGCCGGUCGUAAUAGAAUGUGAGUUUUCGCGAGCCCCGCGAGAAAAAGUUCUGUGGCUGAAAGAUGGGAAACCCCUUGGUCGCGCCCCUGAGCGCGUCCGUGUUGAGGAGGAUGCAGACAGCACAGUGCAUCGGCUGGUCUUUCAACCUUUGCAGGAUGAGGAUUUGGGAACCUACGCAAUUAAAGUGGAGAAGCUCGUCAGUGAGGCAAACGUUGGUAUGAGAGUGGCACCAACACUGAAACUUUCCGAGAAGUUCACCGAUAAAAUCGUCCUCAAAGCUGGAGCAUCCACCGUCAUCGAGGUACCGUUCGCCGCCAGUCCAAAACCAACAGUCCAAUGGACAUGGAAGCCGAGAGUGCGUCCUGAUGCCGAACCAGGUGCACCACAAGCUCCUCGAUUCAAACCAGAUGUGGUCUCCGGAAUGACGUCGCUACCACUGGGCAAGGUGAAACGGGAAGACGCUGGUGACUAUGAGGUGGUGAUAAAGAACGAGUUGGGCGAGGUGUCGGUGACGGUGCAGUUGAUAGUGUUGGAUAAGCCAUCUGCACCACGACAACCGGACGUGAGUGAGAACACGGGAGAACGUGUGGUGUUCCAUUGGAUUGAACCGGAAUUCCUCGGUAUCAGUCCGGAUGUCGCUCCAACUGAAGGUAUAACGUACGUCGUGGAGAUGCGCGAGGCAACUCAACGUGUGGGCAAGCCGGUAACGACGACGAAGGAACUGAGUACACCUAUUGAUGGGUUGCAGUUGAACAAAUCCUACAUCUUCAGUGUGGCCGCGAAGAACGAAGUUGGUCAAUCAGAAUUUGUGGAUAGCAAACCGGUGUCAACAAAACUGGAUUACGGACCACCACCCAGCCCGAUCAACGUCAGGGCUGUAGCUAGCCCAGAGAAAGCGCCUAUCGAUCAACAAAGUGUCGAUGUGACGUGGGAACAGCCGACUGACCAAGCGACCAGUGCCGGACCUGUGACCAACUACUACCUCGAAAUGAAGCCGACGGAUGCAACACGAUGGCAAGAUGUGUCCGCUGAUUUCACCAUCACCGAGACGCAUUGUACGUUACCGUCAAAGGGUCUGAAAGAAUUCACGAGCUAUGAGUUUCGCGUGACGGCUGAGAAUAAGGCUGGCAAGAGCAAACCAUCGGAACCGUCUAAUCCAGUGGAAUUGGAUUUGCCUCCGUUGUUUGGUAAAGCUGCUUCGUUUGUUCCUUCAGGUGUUCCGCUGGAAUUCGUCCGUCCACUAUCAGAUGUGCUUUUGACAAAGGUGUCUGAUGGACCUGUGAUAUUGGAAUGUGAGCUAUCCCGCGCUCCAAGAGAUAAGGUUCAUUGGCUGAAGGAGGGAAAACCUCUUGGUCGCCUACCUGAUCGCAUCCGCGUUGAGGAUGACGCCAAUGGUACUAUACAACGUUUGGCUUUUCAAUCACUGCAAGAUGACGACCUGGGCGUAUAUACAAUCAAAGUGGAGAAGCUAAGCAGCGAGGCACGUUUGGAUAUGAAAGCGACCAGUGCCGGACCUGUGACCAACUACUACCUCGAAAUGAAGCCGACGGAUGCAACACGAUGGCAAGAUGUGUCCGCUGAUUUCACCAUCACCGAGACGCAUUGUACGUUACCGUCAAAGGGUCUGAAAGAAUUCACGAGCUAUGAGUUUCGCGUGACGGCUGAGAAUAAGGCUGGCAAGAGCAAACCAUCGGAACCGUCUAAUCCAGUGGAAUUGGAUUUGCCUCCGUUGUUUGGUAAAGCUGCUUCGUUUGUUCCUUCAGGUGUUCCGCUGGAAUUCGUCCGUCCACUAUCAGAUGUGCUUUUGACAAAGGUGUCUGAUGGACCUGUGAUAUUGGAAUGUGAGCUAUCCCGCGCUCCAAGAGAUAAGGUUCAUUGGCUGAAGGAGGGAAAACCUCUUGGUCGCCUACCUGAUCGCAUCCGCGUUGAGGAUGACGCCAAUGGUACUAUACAACGUUUGGCUUUUCAAUCACUGCAAGAUGACGACCUGGGCGUAUAUACAAUCAAAGUGGAGAAGCUAAGCAGCGAGGCACGUUUGGAUAUGAAAGUGGCACCAACACUGAAACUUUCCGAGAAGUUCACCGAUAAAAUCAUCCUCAAAGCUGGAGCAUCCACCGUCAUCGAGGUACCGUUCGCCGCCAGUCCAAAACCAACAGUCCAAUGGACAUGGAAGCCGAGAGUGCGUCCUGAUGCCGAACCAGGUGCACCACAAGCUCCUCGAUUCAAACCAGAUGUGGUCUCCGGAAUGACGUCGCUACCACUGGGCAAGGUGAAACGGGAAGACGCUGGUGACUAUGAGGUGGUGAUAAAGAACGAGUUGGGCGAGGUGUCGGUGACGGUGCAGUUGAUAGUGUUGGAUAAGCCAUCUGCACCACGACAACCGGACGUGAGUGAGAACACGGGAGAACGUGUGGUGUUCCAUUGGAUUGAACCGGAAUUCCUCGGUAUCAGUCCGGAUGUCGCUCCAACUGAAGGUAUAACGUACGUCGUGGAGAUGCGCGAGGCAACUCAACGUGUGGGCAAGCCGGUAACGACGACGAAGGAACUGAGUACACCUAUUGAUGGGUUGCAGUUGAACAAAUCGUACAUCUUCAGUGUGGCCGCGAAGAACGAAGUUGGUCAAUCAGAAUUUGUGGAUAGCAAACCGGUGUCAACAAAACUGGAUUACGGACCACCACCCAGCCCGAUCAACGUCAGGGCUGUAGCUAGCCCAGAGAAAGCGCCUAUCGAUCAACAAAGUGUCGAUGUGACGUGGGAACAGCCGACUGACCAAGCGACCAGUGCCGGACCUGUGACCAACUACUACCUCGAAAUGAAGCCGACGGAUGCAACACGAUGGCAAGAUGUGUCCGCUGAUUUCACCAUCACCGAGACGCAUUGUACGUUACCGUCAAAGGGUCUGAAAGAAUUCACGAGCUAUGAGUUUCGCGUGACGGCUGAGAAUAAGGCUGGCAAGAGCAAACCAUCGGAACCGUCUAAUCCAGUGGAAUUGGGUGAGUUGUGUUUUCAGUUCACUAUGUCCAAAUGGACUGUACGUCCGGUUUAUUUAUUCUCCUCUUCUAGGUCGCAUUUGGGAAUGUCCUAUUAUACCAAUUUCCUUGCUCAUCUAGGCAUUCCGCUGGAAUUCAUUCGUCCACUCAACGACUUUGUUCUCACUGAGCCGACGGGUGAACCAAUCGUGUUAGAAUGCGAGUUAUCACGUGCUCCCAAAGAGAAAGUUCAAUGGUUGAAGGACGGAAAACCAUUGCUUCGUCUUCCUCCCCAUGUUCGUGUGGAACAAGAUAAGAAAGGAGCGGUCCAUCGAUUGGUGUUCCAACUGUUGCAGGAUGAGGAUUUGGGCAUGUAUUCAAUCAAAGCUGAUCACUUGACCAGUGAAGCACGAGUAGACAUGAAGGCACAGAUCUUCAGCGACUCUCAACUUUACUUGAUCGAUUUGCAUAACUAUACCCCUGAACCUCUACCAUACACAGUUGCACCAGUUCUGAAACUGUCCGAGAAGUUCACCGAUAAAAUCAUCCUCAAAGCUGGAGCAUCCACCGUCAUCGAGGUACCGUUCGCCGCCAGUCCAAAACCAACAGUCCAAUGGACAUGGAAGCCGAGACUGCGUCCUGAUGCCGAACCAGGUGCACCACAAGCUCCUCGAUUCAAACCAGAUGUGGUCUCCGGAAUGACGUCGCUACCACUGGGCAAGGUGAAACGGGAAGACGUGGCACCAACACUGAAACUUUCCGAGAAGUUCACCGAUAAAAUCAUCCUCAAAGCUGGAGCAUCCACCGUCAUCGAGGUACCGUUCGCCGCCAGUCCAAAACCAACAGUCCAAUGGACAUGGAAGCCGAGACUGCGUCCUGAUGCCGAACCAGGUGCACCACAAGCUUCUCGAUUCAAACCAGAUGUGGUCUCCGGAAUGACGUCGCUACCACUGGGCAAGGUGAAACGGGAAGACGCUGGUGACUAUGAGGUGGUGAUAAAGAACGAGUUGGGCGAGGUGUCGGUGACGGUGCAGUUGAUAGUGUUGGAUAAGCCAUCUGCACCACGACAACCGGACGUGAGUGAGAACACGGGAGAACGUGUGGUGUUCCAUUGGAUUGAACCGGAAUUCCUCGGUAUCAGUCCGGAUGUCGCUCCAACUGAAGGUAUAACGUACGUCGUGGAGAUGCGCGAGGCAACUCAACGUGUGGGCAAGCCGGUAACGACGACGAAGGAACUGAGUACGCCUAUUGAUGGGUUGCAGUUGAACAAAUCCUACGUCUUCAGUGUGGCCGCGAAGAACGAAGUUGGUCAAUCAGACUUUGUGGAUAGCAAGCCAGUGUCAACCAAGCUCGAAUAUGGACCGCCAGCAACUCCGAUCAAAGUGAGAGCUACUGUCAACCCAGAAAAGGCGCCAAUAACUGAACAAAGCAUUGACCUCACAUGGGAUGAACCCACCGAUCAACCGAGUGGUGCGGGGCCUGUAACGAACUACUACAUCGAGAUGAAACCGACCGAUUCAAAUCGAUGGCUAGAUGUGACCGCUGAUUUCACCAUCACCGAGCCGCACUGCACCUUACCAUCAAAGGGUAUGAAAGAAUUCGCGAGCUAUGAAUUCCGUGUGACAGCUGAGAACAAGGCGGGUAAAAGCAAGCCGUCAGAACCAUCGAAUGCAGUAGAACUAGGUAUUCCAUUGGAAUUCGUUCGUCCACUGAAUGAGAUCGCCCUCACCGAGCUCACUAAUGAACCAGUCGUCUUGGAAUGCCAGUUAUCACGUGCUCCGAAAGAGAAAGUUCAAUGGUUGAAGGACGGAAAGCCAUUAAGCCGUCUUCCUGCUCGCGUUCGUGUUGAAGAAGAUGAGAAGGGAACCGUGCAUCGAUUGGUCUUCCAGCCACUGGAGGAUGAAGAUCUUGGCACGUACACAAUCAAGGCAGAGAAACUGAGCAGCGAGGGAAGGGUAGACAUGAAACUCGCCCCAACUCUGAAGCUUUCCGAGAAAUUCACCGAUAAACUCAUACUCAAAGCUGGAGCAUCCGCCGUCCUUGAGAUACCGUUCGCCGCCAGUCCUAAACCAACAGUCCAGUGGUCAUGGAAACCAAGACUGCGCCCCGAUGCCGAACCCGGUGCAACACAGACACCGCGAUUUACGCCAGACAUCGUCUCCGGUAUGACAUCUUUACCGCUGGGGAAGGUGAAACGCGAAGAUGCUGGUGACUACGUGGUAGUGAUUAAGAACGAGUUGGGCGAAGUUUCUGUGACAGUGCAGUUAAUCGUGCUAGACAAGCCAUCACCACCUCGGCAGCCUGAAGUGACCGAGAACACUGGUGAGCGUGUUGUAUUUCAGUGGCUUGAACCGGAAUUCCUCGGCCUCAGUCCAGAUGUGUCACCCACGGACGCAGUAACUUACGUAGUCGAAAUGCGCGAGUCAACACAGCGUGUGGGUAAGCCAGUGACCACGACGAAGAAAUUACAAACGUCAAUUGAAGGAUUGCAGCUGAAUAAAUCGUACAUUUUCAGCGUGGCCGCGAAGAACGAAGUUGGUCAGUCCGACUUUGCGGAUAGCAAACCAGUUUCAACUACCUUAGACUAUGGACCACCUUCGAGUCCCAAAAACGUGAAAGCUGUUGUUAACCCGGCCAAAGCUCCGGUGUCCGAUCAGACGAUUGAUCUCACCUGGGACGAACCGAGUGACAAAGCGGUUGGGCCCGUGACCAACUACACCCUCGAACUGAAACCGACCGACUCUACUCGGUGGCAAGACGUGUCCGGCGAAUUCACGAUAACCGAGCCACAUUGCACACUGCCAUCCAAAGGCAUGAAGGAGUUCAUCAGCUAUGAAUUUCGUGUGACAGCUGAGAACAAGGCCGGAAAGAGUAAGCCGUCGGAACCGUCCAACCCAGUAGAGUUAGGACAUGUAAUUCCGCGAAUGUUCAGUUGUUAUCCGUCCCUUUUCAUACAUCGUUUUUCUAGCUAUGAAUUUCGUGUGACAGCUGAGAACAAGGCCGGAAAGAGUAAGCCGUCGGAACCGUCCAACCCAGUAGAGUUAGGAAUCCCGCUGGAAUUCAUCCGUCCACUUACUGACGUGUCUGUGACAGAACUGACCGGGGAACCGAUUAUAUUGGAAUGUGAAUUGUCACGCGCUCCUCGGGAAAAAGUCCAGUGGCUGAAGGAUGGUAAACCACUAGGUCGUCUUCCAGACCGUGUCAGUCUUGAAGAAGGUUCGAAAGGUACCGUACAUCGUUUGGUGUUCCAGCAGUUGCACGAUGAAGACCUCGGGGUCUAUACAAUCCAGGCUGAGAAGCUGAGUAGUGAGGGUCGGAUAGAUAUGAAGUUGGCACCAACUUUGAAACUUUCCGAGAAGUUCACCGAUAAAAUCAUCCUCAAAGCUGGAGCAUCCACCGUCAUCGAGGUACCGUUCGCCGCCAGUCCAAAACCAACAGUCCAAUGGACAUGGAAGCCGAGAGUGCGUCCUGAUGCCGAACCAGGUGCACCACAAGCUCCUCGAUUCAAACCAGAUGUGGUCUCCGGAAUGACGUCGCUACCACUGGGCAAGGUGAAACGGGAAGACGCUGGUGACUAUGAGGUGGUGAUAAAGAACGAGUUGGGCGAGGUGUCGGUGACGGUGCAGUUGAUAGUGUUGGAUAAGCCAUCUGCACCACGACAACCGGACGUGAGUGAGAACACGGGAGAACGUGUGGUGUUCCAUUGGAUUGAACCGGAAUUCCUCGGUAUCAGUCCGGAUGUCGCUCCAACUGAAGGUAUAACGUACGUCGUGGAGAUGCGCGAGGCAACUCAACGUGUGGGCAAGCCGGUAACGACGACGAAGGAAUUGAGUACGCCUAUUGAUGGGUUGCAGUUGAACAAAUCCUACAUCUUCAGUGUGGCCGCAAAGAAUGAGGUUGGCAAGUCGGACUUUGUCGACACGAAACCUAUUUCGACAAAACUUGAUUAUGGCCCCCCAAGCCCACCUACGAAUGUGUGCGCAGCUGUGUCCCCUGAAAACAUCUCCAUCAAGCAACAACAAAUCAAUGUGUCCUGGACUCCUGAUGAAACUCAGCCGUCUGCCACACCAGUACUCUACUACAUCGUGGAGAUGAGGGCUGUAGGUGACCGGUCGUGGAGUUCACCUGGCCUCAACUCUGACAAAGUCGAGGGACUCAAUUUUGUUGUUGACUGUAGCCGUCUAAAGGAGGAGCAACCUUACGAAUUCCAGGUCACGGGGGUGAAUAAAGCUGGCAAAAGUCAACCUUCGAACCCUUCAAAUCCUGUUGUAUUGGGUUGUCCACUCAAGUUCAUUCGUCCACUUCAAGACGUUAUCAUUCAAGAGUACACGGGUCAGCCUGUUGUGUUAGAGUGUGAGGUGUCACGUGAGCCAAGAGAACCAGUGACCUGGUCGAGAGAUCGUAAACCACUUUUGGUGCGCGCAAAAGCUGAUGACUAUCGUAUCGAAUCAGACAAGCAGGACACAGUGCACCGCAUUGUUCUACCCUUCCUAACUGAAGAAUUCAUGGGAACGUACAAAAUUGAUGUGGAAAAACUCAGUUCGGAAGCCAACGUUGAAUUCAAAAUAUCGCCGACGCUACGCCUGUCAGAGACGUUCAGUGAUAAACUAAUACUGAAGGUCGGUGCUUCAUCCACAAUAGAGAUCCCAUUCGUAGCAGUCCCAAAACCGACAGUCGAAUGGACAUGCACACUGAUAUCGGCCAAACGAGGCGACCAGAAACCACGGUUCAGAGAUGAAACCAACAUGUCUAUGACGCGGCUGAACCUGAAUAAAGUACAAAUGGAAGAUGCCGGAGACUAUCGCGUGGUAAUUCGGAACAGACUGGGAGAGGUAACUGCCAAAGUGAAGUUGAUUGUGCAGGACAAGCCGUCCCCACCUCGUAACUUAUUGCCAAAAGAUGUGACAGAGAAUUCGCUUGUACUCACGUGGGAGGCUCCGGAACAGCUUGGCGGAGCUGAAGGUGUAGUGGAAUACGUGGUUGAAUUCCGUGAAGCGUCGACACGUUCAACUAAAUCAGUUGGCACUACACCGGACAUGGCGAUGCCGGUUACCAAAGGAUUGACUGUUGGCAAAUCGUACAUAUUUUCUGUAGCCUGCAAGACCGAGGUGGGACAGUCGGACUUUGUGGAAACCCAGCCGAUUCUUAUGAAAUUAAGCUACGAUGUUCCAUCGGCACCGACCAAUGUCCGUGCGUCUGUCAGUCCAACUCGUGCUGAACCGGAAGUACAAAGUGUUCAUCUGAGUUGGGACAGUCCACCAGUCGCGGAUUCGGCACCGGCUGAAUCACGUCCAUCGCAUUAUCUGGUUGAGAUGCGAGUUGCUGGUGGACGAACAUGGCAGCCAGUGGCCAAAUCCCAGACAAUCACAAAUCCCGAACUGACGUUCCUGGCAAAAGAGGAAUCAAUGAGUCCUGAGAAACUUUACGAAUUCAGAGUCGCUGCUGUGAACAAAGCUGGAACCAGUGAACCAUCCAGCCCAUCAAAUCAGAUUGAACUUGGCGUUGCGCUGGAAUUCGAAAGACCAUUAGAGGAUCUUGUGAUCGUUGAAGUGAAACCAACUCCCUAUCGGUUGGACUGCGAGUUGUCGCGCAAUCCAAGGACAGCUGUAUCAUGGACUAAGGACAAGAAGCCCUUCACCAUUCCUCCAAAUGAGACUAGAGUCCGCUUUGUGAAUGAGGGUACACUUCAAGGAAUUGUGUUCGAACGUAUCACGGACGCAGAUGUGGGUGAAUAUGCCAUCCAGGUUGAGCAUCUAUCGGGCCAGGCCAAAGUGGAAAUCAAAGCUCCUCCAGCAGUGCUAUUUUCUGAAGAUUUCCAAGAUCGGAUCAUACUCAAGGCUGGUUCGUCCAAAAUACUCGAAGUUCCGUUUGUCUCGACACCGAAACCCCAGGUCGAUUGGACGUGGGCAUCAAGUUCAAACCCAACACAGGAACAACGGCCCCGAUUCAAGCCAGAUAUCGUAGCCGGAUUGACGACGCUUCCACUUAGUCGUGUUCGUCGUGAGGAUAGCGGUGCAUACAAGGUUACUAUUAAGAACGAAUUAGGGCAGAUCUCACAAGUGACUCAUGUCACCGUUAUUGACAAACCGUCAGCGCCUAGAAAACCCCGAGUCACUGAGAACAAUGGAGAGACUGUCGUCUUUGAAUGGAACCCACCGGAAGACCUUGGUGGAUGUGAUAGUCCCUUGGAGUAUGUUGUGAGUGUACGUGAUGCGAGUAAACGAGGAACUCAAGCAACGAUCGUGGCUACGGUCACUGACCUUAAGCACACAAUCGAAGGGCUACAAGUUGGUAAAGACUAUGUAUUUUCUGUCUUGGCCAGGAACGAAGUUGGAGAUUCACAAGCUGCAGAAACUCAGCCAGUUACAGCGAAAUUCGCCUUCGAUGUACCGGAAGCUCCCGGGAAACCGACUGUGACAGUAAAAGAAACUGGGAAGAUUGCUCUGCACUGGACAGCUCCUUCAUCUGAUGGUGGAUCCCCAAUUGUUGCGUACGAGAUUGAAAGUUUGCCAACCCGCAUACCUGUCCCAGGUCAACGCCGCACUUCAUCCGUUGGAGUGAAACCAAAGUUUUCUACGGUGACAAGAGGAAUCCAGUUCGCGCCAGACGCGCAACCAGAAGCGGAAAUCGAAGGUUUAUCCCCUGAUAUGCAGUAUGAGUUCCGAGUUCGAGCUGUGAACAAGGCGGGUCCUGGAAGUUUCAGCCAGCCCAGUGACUCUUGUGUACCUUUAGUCAAAGGUCCUCGCGUACCUAACAAACCAGGAACACCGUCCGCAGAGGCUCUAAGUGAUUCCAGUGUCAAAGUUUCCUGGAUUCCUGUGACUGAAACAGAAGAUUUUGGCCCGGCUGACGCAUAUCAAGUAGAACUGGACGAGGAUGGAGAAGGUGACUGGAAAGUUGUUGGGACAACCACCACACCAGAUGCGUGCGAAUUUGUGGCGCAUAAACUGGAUAAUUCGAAGCGCUACCUGUUCCGAGUACGAGGUGUGAAUAAGGAAGGGGUUGGAGAACCGUCCAAGCCUUCCAAUCAGAUUUACCUGAAGAAAGACGCGCCACUUGCAAUUACAAAAGAGCUCGAAUCAGUCCUGGCUGAUUCCCUCCCGGAAGUGGUGUCCUUCGAAUGUGGUAUCUCAAAAGCAGCCCAAAAAGUCCAAUGGUUCCACAACGGCAAGCGUUUGGAUGCUGCCCAGAUACGUAAAUACAGGAUUACAGAUGACGUCCUAUCUCAGCGACUUGAAAUCCUCAAGGUCACGCCAGAGGAUAUUGGUGAAUACUCAAUCAAAGUGGACAAACUUGAAUCGAAGGCUACGUUUGCCUUAGAACUUGCUCCACGGCUGUGCCUCCCGGAGAAUUUCGAAGACACUAUUGUUCUCAAUCAGGGUGCUAGCCGCACCGUUGAGAUUCCCUUCAUGGCUGCUCCUAAGGUUGAUCAGAUUGACUGGUAUUGGAACGGAAAUCCUAUACUUCCGGAUGGAAACAAACGUGCUGUGCCUCGCAAUGAUAUGCUGGGUAAAGCAGCAAUCGUGUUCACAAAGGUGGAACGCACAGAUGCUGGAAUGUAUGAGGCGGUAAUUAGGAACAAAUUUGGAGAGGCCAAGGCGUUGCUCACACUGAAAGUAUUAUCAGGCCCUGGUCCCGUGCGUGCACUUGAGGCCAACGUGGAAUCAGCGACAGAACUAGUACUGCUCUGGAAGCCACCGGCAGAGGGUGACGAUGGUGGAAGUCCUGUGACAUCGUAUCGGGUUGAACAGCGGUUGGUUGCACCUGCUCCUGGUGCCACUGCAAGGAGUUAUGCCCGUGAGUGGAGUUUAGUCACCACUGUGGAUGCGUCGUCAAAGAUCCCCGAGGACGAUAUGUUUGUUUGUCGUUUGGAUAAACUGAUUCCUGAAACUACUUACUCUUUCGGAGUGAGUGCCGUGAAUGCGAUCGAUACUGGCGUACGAACAGAAACGCUCGAAGGCAUUUUCAUGAAAUGUCCACAUGAUAAGCCAGAAAGUCCCACGGACAUUCGUGCAAAACCGUUGGAUAUGCACACCGUUCAGCUAGAGUACACUCUUCCAAAGACCUCGGACGCUGCGCCCAUCACCGAAAUCUUGCUGGAAUAUCGUCCCAAGGGGCAAUCGAGGUGGGUUUCUCAUGAAAAACUUAAUGGUUUGCUGAAUCUGUGGUUUUCCCUGACUGUUCCGGUCGCCAACACAGCAACAAUUUCCAAACUGGAGCCUGGGACCGAGUAUGAGUUUCGUGUGUCGUGCUCAAACGUUGCUGGUGCUGGCCAACCUUCAAGGGUUGUGAAAGCACAGACAAUGGAAGCUCCAAAACCACCUGGGCCACCAAAACUAUUCGAAGUUUUACCUGCUGCUUUGGAUCAAUUGAUUGUCAAAUGGAAGGCCCCCGAAGAAGACGGCGGAGCUCCCGUCACGGCGUAUGAGAUCGAGAUCACCGACGCCACAGGACUAGAGCUAUGGAAUCCGGUCCACACGCAUCCCGUAAGCCGAACAGACAGCGAGCCUUUCGAAGCAACCAUUGGGAAACUGGACGAUACGAAGACAUAUAAGGUUCGCGUGGUUGCGACAAACAGCAUUGGUCGAGGUGAACCAUCAAUUCCUUCCAAAUCGGUCGCCCCAGGUGAAGAAGUUGGGAUCGUUCGUCCAUUGACCGACAUAUAUUAUGAUCAAAUCCCUGGCACUGGAGUUAGUGCGGAUCUAGAAUGCGAACUAACACACCCGAAUUGCCGCGUUCAGUGGUUACGCGGAGGAAGACCAAUUCAAUUAGGACGAAAGUAUGACUUCACUCCAGAAGGAUGUGUUUACCGUUUAAGCAUCCGAGAUAUCACGGUGGACGAUUUCGACGUAUACCAGUUGACGUACAAGAAACUAAAAACGGAAGCGUCGGUCGGGGCCAAAAUUCCUCCGGCCUUAAGGGAAGAUGUGGAAAUGAGUAGUAUGCGUCAAGUUCCUGUUGGUUCUAACUUCGUACUUGAAGUCCCCUUCAAAGCCUACCCCAAGCCAACCGUCAGAUGGCUUGCACAAGGUGUUACCGUAACCGACUCUACCAAACGCUAUCGUGUUGACACCGUGGCCGGGCUUACCUCAUUGUCCAUCCAACGGGUCCAACGGGAUGAUGAAGGCGAAUUAUGCGUUCUGAUUGAAAACGAACAUGGUAAACUUACGUGGAAAUGUAACCUGGCGGUUCUGGACAAGCCCGGGCCAGUUGAACGACUAACAGCUGAUGUGGCCGCGUCGAACACUGAGAUACUUGUCAGCUGGAAGCCACCGCGAGGCGAUGGAAGCAGUCCACUGUUGAGGUACGAAUUGGAGUUUCGAAACCCGAAGCGACGUGUAUGGCAGUUGGUGAAAACCGGUCCACAAGACGAUGACGAUGUGCUCUGCAUUCCACCAGAUACGCUAGAGUUCGCCUUACCUUCGAGUGACAAAGAGACCGCAAACUCAUUAGCCAGUGGGACAGAGUAUCUGUUCCGCGUGGUUGCGGUGAAUGCUGUCGGCAAGAGUGAACCCGUCGAAACCCGAACACCGAUCAAAGCUCCGUACAGACCAAAACCGCCAAAGCUGAAAUAUGACGUACUGCUGGAAACAUCACGUCUUAACGCCGGUCAGAAGCAUUUCAUCCCCGUCACUGUGGAAGGCACGCCAGUGCCCAAGGUAACAUGGUUGUUUACACCGGACGAGAAGGCAGCUCAGCCGAGUGAAGUAUUGCCUCAAGAAGUCCAAGCUGAUGUCGGUACGGCUGAGAAGGAUAAACCCAACAAGGUCUCGCUGAACAUCAAAAAAGCUACUCGCAAGGUUCAAGGAGUGUACACCAUUGUGGCUACAAAUAGCGGAGGGGAAGCACGCGCACAGUUCCAAGUAUCAGUUUCUGAUGUUCCUUCUGCACCACUUAAUUUGACCGCUGCGUGCUCGAGUAAAACCUCUGUGCGCCUUACUUGGUCGCCCCCGGCGGACACCGGAGGUCAGAAACUCACCAACUACGUGGUCGAACAGGCUGAGACACAAAACGCUUAUGCGAGUCCAUCUGAUGUAGCACUUUGGCAGCCCGUCAGCAGUAGCCUACCUGUCACAGAGGUGACCGAUAGUGAAAAUGUGUGCACUUACGAGGUCUCCCGAUUGACUACAGGAAAGCGCAUGUUCUUCCGCGUGGCAGCGCAGAAUAAACUCGGAGUUGGAGCUUUCGCCAGCAUUCCUGAGCCUAUCCAAGUGGUCUCACCACACAAUCUCCCUGGACCUCCUCGAAACCUUCGUGCUGUGGCAGACAAGGACGGACAGGUUUUGCUUGAAUGGAGUACACCACAGAGUGAUGGCGGAUCAAAGAUUAUCAACUACGUGGUCGAAAAGAGCACUGCAGCAAGUGGUGCUCCGUGGGCUGAGGUACCUUUGCCAGACUCGGCUGAAACUGAGCGUGUUUUGAAACAUCUCAAAGAGGGCGAAUGUUUCCUUCGUGUAUCAGCCGUAAACGAGGCUGGAAGAGGUUCUGCAUCAAACAUUGCGGAAGUGACAGUGAAGAAGGUUGCAGCUGAACCUAGUGCUCCAGGUCAGCCUACCGUGGAGGUGGUAUCCGAUGGGUGUGUUCAACUUCGGUGGGCUCUUCCGUUGGAUGAAGGUCAGGGUGGUCCGAUCAAGGGUUAUGAAAUUCAGGUGUGCGAAGUGGGGUCGACAAAGUGGCGACCGCUAACGGAUAAACUCUGUCCCUUUAACGAGAUACGUCUUGAUGGUCUUGGAACGGACAAAGACCUGAUGUUCCGUGUGGUGGCCGUCAAUCAAGCUGGAAGGAGUGCUCCGUCGGAAAGCAGUCGUCCAAUACGUUUAGAAAUCGACGUCAAGUUCAUUCGACAUCUUGAGCCAAUCACCAUUACCGAGUUACCUGCGGAUGCUGUGUUCGAGUGCGAACUUUCACGACCUGGUAUGAACCUGAUCUGGUCCAAGGAUGGUAGAGACCUUAGUCUGUCCACACGGUGUGUUUACGACGUUACGGGAGUCGGAGACAAGGCGUUCUGUGUUCAUCGACUAACUCUAGUCAAACUGGGUCCUUCUGAGCAAGGUCAUUACGCAGCCCGUCUCCCGACUGGCGUGAAAUCUGAAGCGGACUUAGUAAUUGAAUGUCCUCCACGAAUCAUGUAUGACGCAUCCAAAGAUAUUGAAUUAAUUGCUGGAAAGAGUAGCGUUAUUGAGGUUCCUUAUUCUGGUGCGCCGGUACCCGACGUCAACUGGUCAUUCAACUCCGGGCCACUGCCUGUAGGACCGGUUAAGGAAAGUCCUAUGGCGAGUGUGGACACAGUCUACGGGCUGACUUGCCUUCGUCUACGUCAAGUGAACCGCGAGGCAUCUGGGUCUUACAAACUCGUGGUGAGUAACGAACUGGGCAAAGCAACCCUGGAACUCAAAGUUUCUGUGCUUGACCGUCCUGGACCUGUUAGACGUCUCCGUUGCGCCGUAGAUGACACACAACCCAGUGCUGCUAUUGUAGCUUGGGAAGAACCAAAAGAUGCAGGUGGUUCACCUAUUACCGGAUACAUUGUGGAGAAGCGUGAGGCAAACAAGCGAAGCUGGACCUCUCUUGGGCCAGCUGAACCUGGCUUGAAUCGUGUAGCGACCGGACUAACGCCAAACACCGCCUACUUUUUCCGUGUCAUGGCCCAGAAUGCUUCUGGUUGUUCAGAACCGACUGAGACUGAGACCCCCCUGGUGAUACCGUCCAAAACAAAACCACCGUCUGCCCCAGGGAGUCCUGAAGUUAAUGAUGUCGGCACCAACUCGUGUCGAGUGAGCUGGCAGCCUCCCAGUUCGGAUGGAGGAGCGCGAUUGGCUUUCUACCACUUGGAGAAACGGGCCAAUCAGAAAGGCAACUGGGUCCGUGCGACAGAUGGCAAGCUAUCCAUACCGGAGUCUCAGGUUGCAGCUCCGUAUAGCAUCAACGUAAUGGGUCUAGUACCUGACAAUGUUUAUGAAUUUCGCGUGGCAGCGGAAAACGCUGACAGUCUGGUCAGCGAUUUCUCCACACCGAGUCACCGCAUUUCCACUCAAGCACCGUUCUCGUUACCCGGGAAGCCAUCUCGACCAGAGCUGAAAAAUGUGACUGAAAAGUCAGCUACGUUGAACUGGAAAGCUCCUUACGACGACGGUGGUGAUACCAUCAAACGCUAUAUCGUGCAAUACAAGAUCCUCUCAUCUGCCCACUGGGAAACUGUGGGUGAAGAACCGGUUGACGUGGAGUUUACCAUCAGACAUCUGCAACCUGAUCAAGAGUAUGAAUUUCGAGUGGCAGCCGUGAACGCUGCUGGACAAGGUCCUUGGUCAGACUCAUCAGAACCAUGCGUUCCCGCGAAAGUUGUUGAAUCAGCGAAGCCAAACUUGGUCACUCCCCUUGCAAACGCUAACGUACAAGUUGGCGAAUCUGUUGAACUGGAGUGUGAAUUUAAGUUGGGUGAGCCAAAGGGUGAAGUGACUUGGUUCAAGGACGGUAAACCAAUUCGAAGUCAAGUCAAGUAUUCUACUAGCCCGGCCUGGGAACGUCGAGCUUCCCUCAAAGUGAGCCGAGCAAAACUAGAGGACGCGGGAGUGUUCACUUGUCGCGCAACGAACACUGUGGGGACAGCCGAAACAUCGUGCCGCCUAACUGUCUGCCAGAAACCUACACUGACUCUAGAACUGGAUAAGGGAUCAUCUAGUCAAGUCACAUCUGCUCCAGGCAAGAAUGAAGUGCUCGCUGGACGUGUCGGUGGCAGACUGGUAGUUAAAGCAACUUGCGAAGCAGUGCCCGAAUGUGAGCCAAUGACUUGGUUUAUCAAGGGUAACCGCGUCGAGUCUGAAUUAACUCCUGACUUGCGUUCUCGAGUAACAAUCAAUCAACCGGCAUCAACCACGAGUCGAACAGCCUCGACACCCACAGUACAAGAAGCGUACCUUACAAUCAGCGAUCUACAGUUACAGGACAGUGGCGAUAUCGGAGUUGGACCUUAUGACGACCGGCUAAGGGUGCGCAACUGUGUGCCUCAAAUGGUGUAUUCCUUCCGUGUCUCAGCACAGAACGAUAUUGGAACGAGUGAUGCAACAGAAAUAGAAUCGCCUCACCAUAUGAAGCCACUGACAGAUGUACCCUCACCACCCACGAAUGUGGCUGUCGAUCGCACAUCGGCGCGUGACGCAACAGUUCGCUGGAAUGCUCCGCUUGAAACGGGCGGGGAUGUACUUCAGGGUUAUUUGGUAGAAAUACGUGAAUCGCCAGAUCCGAGUUCAGCACCAGCCUCUCAAUGGACUCACGUAUCCCUCGUUCGAUCUGGAACUACUUAUCGUGCAAACGAUCUGCAUCCAAAUAUGGUUGUGCAAUUCCGCGUGAAGGCACGCAAUGCAGUUGGGUUCAGCGAACCAUCCGAACCAUCCGAUUGGGUGCCACCUGUUGCCAAAGAACCUGAUGAAUCAGAACGAGCUGGACGGCGUCGCGAACCCACUGAUCGCGAGAAACAUCUGGACAAAGGUCGACCGGAUGAACAAAGAGAUAUCUUAGCAGAAAUGGCUGCGUUACGAGAGGCUGCCAAGCCGAAGAGGGAUGUUACGGGCAAGUUAUUUCUGUAUGCUCCUGUUCUGAAGCUGUUAACGGGAGACGAAUAUCGUCUCCGACCCGCCAACAAUCUGCGUGUCGGAGCUCACGUGACCUACUCCACACGUGCCACCGUGAGUCUUCUGACUGGUAGCGGCCAACCUCUAACUGGAUCUGUGCUUGGUCGGUGCCGUGUAGAACAAUUCGGUGAUGAUUUCUAUAUCAAUCUUCGUAAUGUGGAUGUCAGUGAUGCCGGAAACUAUAUGAUACGCGCUGAGAACUCGGCCGGGGCAAGCAGUGCGGUGAUUCGCCUGUUUGUGAGUACCGAACCACUUCCACCUACUGGGCCACUUUCUGUCAAAGUGGUCGAACCUGUGAAGGGCCACACACAAGGUGCAACUGUUGAACUCUCAUGGAAUCCGUCCCCUCUACGUCCUGGCGAAAGCACAGAAUAUGCGGAACCCGUACUGGGUUAUGUAGUUGAAAGACGUGAUGGACAAAGACGCACUCAUUUUGGCUGUCCUAUACGUCUGGAGGGAGCGAAAACUUUGUCAACUCGAGUCACUGACCUUAAACCGGGUAUUGAGUAUGUGUUCCGUGUCUCUUCGCACAACGCUGUUGGUCCCAGUGAACCGCUCUUGUCCGAACCAAUAGUGUUGAAAACACCAUUCGGCGUACCUGAUGCUCCAGUUGGUCCACUGAAUUGCUCCGACAUCACAGAUUCCUCGCUCACUUUGAAGUGGCAACCUCCUCUUGAGGAUGGCGGUCUUCCACUCAAACGUUAUCAGCUGGAAAUAAAAGAUGUUGGCCAUCCGGCUGGUUGGGUUCCUUUGACAUCCGUGCCUGAGAACGUGCUAAGCUACGUAGUCAGUGGUUUGCAACCGGGUUUCGCCUAUCGGUUCCGCGUUCGGGCAGUUAAUGAUGAAGGUCCUGGUGAAUGGUUGGAAACGGAGAAGUCCAUCCCGUUUUGUCGACCAACGACCAAUCCUUCUGAGCCGGUAGCACCUCUCCGACUGCUUCCUGACGGUGACAAUGCGGUGCGGCUGAGUUGGCGUCCUCCGUUGGACGAUGGUGGUGCGCCCAUUAAGGACUAUAUCGUUGAAGUCUGUCUUGAUCAGUCUAGUGACCAUUGGAAGCCAGUCGGUACAACAGACGGUUUGAGCAAACGGGUCGAUGGUCUCCUUCCUGAUGGCGUGUACAGUUUCCGCGUAUCCGCUCGCAACGAGGCGGAGAAGGUCAGCAUUCCAUUGUAUUCCGAAAUUUACAAACCGGCGUCCCCUGUUGCACCGCCUGGGGCUCCAGUCGGGCCACUUGUAGCUCGCAGUAUCGGAAUUGGACAAAUUCAGCUAGACUGGAAGUCUCCACAGGUUGGUGGUCCGCAUGGAUAUGGUGUACCGGAGGAAUAUUUGAUUGAACGUUACGACUCAAAGAGAGCGCGUUGGGCAUAUGUUGCUCGGCAACCAGUCAGUGAUGGAACGAGUAUUGUGGUCACGGGUCUACAAUCUGGUGGAGAAUACCGCUUCCGUGUGCGUGCAGAAAAUCGCGCCGGAGCAGGUCCAGCCUUGGAGAUGGAAAAGCCAGUAAUUGCCACAAGUCCAUUCAGUCCUCCCGGUGCACCAGUUGGCCCCAUCAAUAUAUCAGAGGUACAGAAAGGUCCAAGCAAAUCUGACGGCUCGGUGCGGUUGUCAUGGCGGCCUCCCGCUGACACCGGUGGACUUCCAGUCCAACGGUAUGUUACACAAAUGCGUUAUGCAAACACGCCUGGAUGGCACCGGAUUGGUCGAAGGCAGGCCAGUUUAGAUGAGGCACAGCAGCUUGAUGACGAACUGGCUGUGCCGACUACGACACUGGCAACGAGCCUGAUGCAAGGACAGCGUUAUGUUUUUCGAGUUGCCGCUGUUAAUGCUGCAGGGACUGGUCCUUUCCUGGAGUCGGAUGUCUUCGAAAUGCCUGAAGACGAAAGCUGCAGACCCAAAGCAGACUGGGUUCGAGUUGUGGGGAAGUCCGCAGAUAGCGUCACGGUUGAAUGGCUCGUUCCACAUGACUGUCGCCAUGACCAUGGACCUCAUCGUGCACACCAUCUAGCGAUCGAUAACUUCCGAGUGUUUGUCCGUCCUGCAACACCAGCAGGAGCACCGGAGGCUCCGUGGAAACGAGUGGCCGAUUUGGACCACUAUAUGAAUCGUUUGGUUGUUGGAGAUUUGCGUCAGGACCGUAGUUACUACUUCGGAGUAGCUGCUGUAAAUCAGGCUGGUCAAGGGGAUAUCGUUUCCACCAAAGAACCAGUAUCUCCCGAGGUGAUCACCACGGUCCCCAGUCAGCCCGUCGGUCCACUUCGUGCCCAUGAUAUCACAGAUGUUGGGUGUACACUCACUUGGUCAAGUCCAGUAAGCGAUGGAGGAAGUCCAUUGUUGGGCUAUCGAAUCUACAAGCGUGAAAUGUAUCGCCGAAGCUGGCAAGAAAUUGGCCGACUAACUGAAACACCUGGUUUGCCGACCGCUAAGCAGCUGUCAUUUGCAGUUCAAUAUCUGAUGCAGGCAACGAGCUACGAAUUCCGUGUUGUGGCUGAGAAUAAGAAUGGUCUUUCCGAACCACUAGACACACAUGUGAAUAUUCAUCCUGCAAAGGCAACCGAUGUUCCAGGCCCUCCGCGAGGACCUUUGAGAGUACGUGAACUGCCGGAAGAAACCGGUACCUUGGAGCUCUCUUGGGCUCCACCCACUGAAAGUGGUGGCUUACCAAUUCUCGGAUACCAAUUAGAGGUUCGCGAAGGUCGUUCAUUUAAUUGGAAACCAUGCCCCUCGGAUUCUCAGCUUGUCGCAGUCGGGCCUGAACACAAACAUCAGCCCUCUCAUAUCGUCUCCGGAAUUCAACCUAACCGAGAAUAUUUCUUCCGUGUGUCCGCGGUAAACAAAGAAGGCAUGGGCCACCCGUUGGUUGCAGAAGACAGUUAUGUAAAACGAUUGAACUUGGCUCCACCAAAGCGUGUUCUUGGCCGCAGACUUCCACAGUCGGAGGAUGAAGCACGAACGGUAAAAUCCAUACUACAAGUUGAAUGGGAAUUACCACGUCCACUAACACACGAACCACAACCAAUUGGUUUCCAAAUCGAAAGACUGGAUAACGACGCACGUUCGGCUAACUGGGAGAUAGUAGACUUUUUGCCCAUCAGCGAUGCUAGUCAAACUUCGUUCGUUCACCAAUCUGUCGCUCCUCGGGGGACUGGUAGCUACAAGUUCCGUGUUUCCACUGUGUAUCCGGAGGGUACCAGUCAACCAGUUAUGACCGGCGUCAUCCUCGCGAGUGCACCAACAUCCAGUCGCCCGGCUUCGGCAGCUUCUCGAGAGGUUCUGCCUUCGGUUCCAUCUGUUCGACUUCUGGAAGAUACUGGGUUGGGUUACGAGUUAGAGUGGGUCCCUCCGAAAGGCCCUGGAGCAGAUGCCAUUCGCGGAUACAGUAUUGAGGAUUGGGAUUCCAGACGACAAAAGUGGCAACCGGUUAUCGACAUUCCAAAAAGUGGACCGCUAAAAGUUUCCGUUGCUGCACCUACUGCACUUGAACCAGAUCAUCGGAUGCGAAUCAUUAGUCGUGGUGAUGUAGGUCGCUCUGUCCCGACUGAGUUUAGCUUGCAACCAUUGGUGGACGAGACACUUCGGAGACCUUCUACUCCCACGUCGGCCAUGGAGUGGAAAACUCUACCCAGCACAACUGGGUAUCCUCUUACAACUCCUCACGCUCCAAAGUCAACUGCAGUUCUACCCAUGAUGGAUGAGAGUGAUUUAGAACUUGCCCUUAUCACAGGGGUGGACACCGGCACAUCGGAAGUUGAGGAUUUCAUCCGUACACGACGUCAAAUGGCCCAAGAUAUGGCCCGUCGUGAUCUAGCAUCAUCCAUGGGACGUCGCAGUGCGAUGAGUCAACGUUCAUUUGAUCAAGAGUUGUUAUGGAGACCAGAAUCUACCAUUGAUCGAAUCCCCUCCAGAGUUAGUACACGUACGCCAACGUACGGUAUCCGAGUGCAAGGCCAGUUGAUCGCUGAAGAACUAACACCAAAUUCCGUUCGACUUAGUUGGUCAGACGAUGCAUUUAGACCAUACGAAGCGAGGAAGCCGGAUUCCUAUGGCAUUGAGAAAUGGGAUACUCGUCAGGGCAAAUGGAUUACCGUGGGGCAGGCUAGGCCCCGAGCUACAGAAUACAUUGUUAAAGGUCUUAUUCCGGAUGACGAAGGGUGGUGGUUCCGAGUAGUCCCACUUGAUCAUGAAGGAAAGUCAUGUGGUAUCCCACUGCAAAUGGAAUCUCCUUUACAUCCGAGACCACGACAUGUUACAAUUCCAUCGUCAGUUUGGGGAGUUGAACUGUCUCCUAUCUAUGCACCAAUCGAAUGGGAACAAGGAACGAUGGAAGUUGCUUGGAUGAAACCCAGUAAUGAUGGUGGGAGCAAUUUGCUGGGAUAUAGACUCAUUGUGUAUGACGCUGACGCACAAGAAGACCGGGAAAUUAUAGUUCCACCGAACCAAACAAACGUACGCAUCACAUCGCUUAACGCUAUGCACGUUCACAGGAUCACGAUUACUGCAUUUAACCGCAUCGGAGAUUCCUUGCCGGUUACUUCCACUGUACCACCACGUCCAGGGACACAAGGAAUGCCACCAACACCUCCACCUCCUGCAGAGUUCCGAGCGGACCUCUUUGGAGAACCAUAUUCUGACCAAUCUGUUUGNUCCACUGUCCCACCACGUACAGGGACACCAGGGAUGCCACCAACACCUCCAACUCCUGCAGAGUUCCGAGCGGACCUCUUUGGAGAACCAUAUUCUGACCAAUCUGUUUGCCAGUUAUCUUGGCGUCCUCCUUCUAGAAUGACUGCCCCUAUUGAUUUUUACUUGAUAGAAAAGUGGGAUUCCCAAUCGAAACAGUGGAUUCCAUUCAAAAAAGUGCCCGAAGGCACCUACAGUAUUGAAAUACCUUACCUACUUGAUGACGUAGAAUACGGCUUUCGUAUACGUUCUCAAAACAUAUCCGGUUUUAGUCAGCCAGUGGCGAUCCAGUCGCGAAUAAGACCCGGACUUGCCAAAGAGCAAGGUCCACACAGAAUGCCGUUGCCACCAGCGAAGCCAUCUGGACCACUGGAGAUGAUACCGACACUGGUACAAGAUGACACUGCGACCCGUCUGCAGACCGCAAUCGAUGCAGCCUAUCGCACGAUCGAAUUGAGGUGGCAGCCAACCUCAAUACGUGAAGACUCGGAGGAUCGUGCUGGGCCGACCAGAGCCUAUGUGAUCGAGGCGCGAAGACGGGAACAAAGGACAUGGGCUCUGCUUUCUCGCGUGCCAGUCACGCAUGGACAACGUGUAAGGAUCAUCUUUGGCCUGGAACCUGAUUUGUGGGAUCGCAGAGUUUCAGCUUCCCUCGGUCGACCAUCUUCAGCCUUGGCCCAGUUACCAGAAUCAGCAUCCGUCGAUACACUCGCUCUCGGUCUCUUAGGUACUCCCUACACUAGUGUCCUAUCCGGUGAACCGAAAGACUAUGAAUUCCGCGUCUUGGCCGAAAACGAAUUUGGACGGAGUGAACCAUUAUAUGCAACUUCGUGGUCGCCAGGUACUGAAAUUCCCAGUCGACUAUCUGAAACUUCGUUCAGACAAGCCCUAACUGAUUUGGAUUAUCCACUUCCGAGACCUCGAGGUCCGAUUUAUUUGACACCACGUGUACUGGUCUCACGGCCCAGUUCCCGCCUUGAAAGCCGUGCACCAGACCGAGAAGAGUUUGAAAUCAGUUGGCAACCUCCCUACGAUACUACGGGUGUCUCAGGUUACGAAGUACUCUAUCGCAGUCCCUAUGCAAAUCGCUGGUAUCCUAUUGGGAAAACCGGGGUGACAGAAACUAGCCUCAUGCUACCCGCUUCAUUAUUGGAAGAGUUCCCUACUAGUAUUCAUGUUGGCAUCCGAACUGUGGGUGAUCAAUUACGAGGAAGUAGUAGAAGACCAACUUCUGAUCGCCUUGAAGAGGUGCUUACCAUUCCAACGGUUUCGAAACAUGGUGUAUCCACGCAUCAUCCACCGACAGUUGCAGUCCCCGUUGCUGACGAGUUGUCAAUACUGAAGCCCACUGAAGUACGAGCCAGUCUCUUUCAGCCAACACCAUCCAUUCGUGGUUCAGAUGAGAUCAUUGUCGAUUGGUCUCCGUCAAGUCUGAGACCUCUUAGUGAACAUGAACGGGUUCGAGAGACAAGACGACCCGAAAAAUACGUGAUAUUUGCCCGAGAAUUAGGGAAAUCUGAGUGGAAAGAGAUUACUCAGGUUCCCGGUUUAACAACUACCACGCAACUACAGCGUUCUGCACUGCCAACAGCGCGUGACAUUUUCCUUGGUGUAGCCCCUACGGUGGGAUCACGAAUAGGUCCAAUUGUAUCCACUCUAGACGCUCUCCGACUACCCAAAGAUGUGGGGGCCACCAGUUUACCUUUCCGUGAGAUGCCGGCAACGAUUUUACCUACUGAGCAGUUUAUUGUUACACCGGAAGGACCAGAUGAAGCGAAAAUACAGUGGAUACCUUCGGCUGAUCUUUUAGCCAAACUAGAUACAUAUCCGAUGGUGGAUUACCAGUUGCAAGUCAGACGACCCGGCGAUCUAACCUGGAGACCAAUUACAGCCGAGAGAACAGGUAUUAGCAGCCGACUUAUAGAAACCCCCAGUCAACCUAGUCUGAUGAACUUCAAGGUUGACCACUUGAAACCUGGUGAACGCUUUGAGAUACGAAUUGCAGCUAGACCUAGUCCCAUGGAGACUUUGAUGCCGAUCACAGAAGUGACCACUUCACGAUUGAUUCCACCCUACGAUAUCCCAUCAAGACCCCGAGGCCCGUUAGUAGCUGAUUUCAUUCGUACCAAAGCACCCGCACAUAUUAGGCCUUCUUCCACACUGGACAGCUUCGAAAUCGACAAAUCCGUUUCCAGUCUACUCGGACGUACAACAUCAAAACUUCCUGAAGAUACUGCAGUUCAGUUGUCUUGGCACGCCCCAGUGGACACUGGCGGGUUACCUGUCACCGAAUAUGUGAUUGAACGUCGCGGUGGCCCAGUUUCUGCUCUUGCGCGUGACUGGGUUCAGGUGCUCACUGUACCAGGCACACAGACUAGAGCACUGGUUCCGUCACCAUGGGUUACGUAUCAAACAUCUACACCAUACUCCUAUCGUGUGAGAGCGGUCAAUCGCAUGGGUGCUAGCAGUCCUUUGGAAACAGCCAGACCCUUACAGAUAGAAGACAUGAGCCCUUCGGCACCCUCCAGCAGACCCUCAUCUCGUGUCACCUACCACCUACAACCACCACUUGCACCCCGGGGUCCACUGCGUUCUGAGCUACUGCCAUACGGUUCCGGUGUUCAACUAGAAUGGUUGCCCCCGCUUCUGGAUGGGUUUGGGGUGGGUGAAACCUAUUCCCACCCAGCAACCUAUGUUAUUGAGGCUGCUGAGGCUGACAAACCAGAUGCUCAAUGGGUUGAACUGGGUCGAGUGCCCGGAACGCUUUCCUCUGCAGUAGUACCUUUGCUUCCGCCUUCUCGGUUCCGAACUGAGUCCGGAGACCGCUUCACCGCUAUUGAAGAUGAAUGGGCCACAUACAAGCCCGCCCCAGUAUUGUAUCGCGUAAGAGCCGAGAAUGAGUUUGGUCUCAGUGCUCCCUUGGUCACUAGAAUUGAACCUGUUCUUGACCGGGACCUUCGCACCCGCUUGCCGCGAUUUCAGCCGGGUCAAUUCAUUGCUCGCGUUAUAUCUGAAACCAGUGUUGAGCAGCCUCCUCAGAUAGAGCUGCGCUGGCCACAGCUGGCGCGCUCCGCGCCUGCUCUGGCAACCCGAAUUGGCCGUCCUGCGUUUGAACCUGCUGUUACAUCAGAUCUUGGUUAUUUGUUAGAAGCUAGACGUGUCGGUGAGUUUGGAUGGCAUCCAAUAGGCACUUUGCCGAUUGGACAAGAAUCAUUUGUCUACCGCCCCACAACAUACGACUACCACGUUCCACGGUCACGUUCUGCUCUAGAUGCAGGCCACUAUAGAGUAGAGCCAACACCAACUGUUCCGCCAUCUUCAGUAGAAGCAUAUCAAUUCCGAGUUGCUCCUAUCACUUCGCGCGAGACUGGCGACUUUCUAGAAUCCGACAUUGUAAGUUGGACUGCGCCGCUACGGAGUGCGACAAAACCCGCAGAUUAUCGCAGAGUUCACACACCGUUACCUGUUGCAAUGCACAUUACUCCACCGAGCUUUAGUGGUCCAGUUUUACCAUCACCAGAACGAUUCCAGCUAGUUGAUAUUUCAGUUGAAAAACCAGUGGAUGGAGUACCCGAAGAUGCCAAUUUCGGAAGUGUUGUGUUGCGCUGGCGUCCACCCAUCGGUAUGCCAUCCACGAUGCGUUCAGCAGCCGAUUUCGUGGUUGAGUCAUGGCGACCGGAUCGUCAACAGUGGUGGCCAGUGGCACGAUGUCCGGCUGCGAUAACUGCGGAAACCGUACCUGGCCGAUAUGAUAUACGAAUCGCAGGGUUGCCCGUAAAUCAACUUUAUCACUUCCGAGUGCUCACCCAGACAACUGAUUCACAAAGCGAACCCGCGCUUCUUCCACAGCCCGUCUGGAUACCAAGAGUUGACGCGGAAAAAAGGGCUAUACCUGAACCACCCAAACGUCUUCGAGUCGCACCCCUGAUUGGAGACUCUCCAGGUGUGUUAUUGACUUGGCUGCCACCAACGACAUUCAGCAUGGAAGACUUCAUACCGUCCACUUUACGUCGUUCCACUGUGGGCUAUUCAGCACCUCCAGCUGGUUAUCUGAUUGAGUAUCAGACGGUUUCGGACAGAACCGGGGAACUUUCAACGUGGAAACAUUUGGCUGAAUUAGAAUCGUGGCAAACGCGAUUUGAAGCGCGUGAUUUAGAACCGGGAAAACAGUACAUUUUCCGUGUCACGUCUAUUGGACAUGGUCCCGACAGAUUGAAAACAUCGAUACUCUCAAGACGUUCAUCCCGUGCAGCGCCCCUACUUAGUGAACCAGUCCAGACCGAACCCUACAAAGUGCCAUCUACAAAACUAUCCACGAUACGCCUAACCGGUGAACUGUUGGUUGAACCAGUCACUCGCUACACCAAGACUCCAUCAGUUUCCUUGACUUGGGUUCCCAGCAAAGAGCCUCUCAGUGGAUACGUUGUUGAUCUCUAUGAUCUCGAUCUACCUACUGGGUGGCAGACAGUGGCGCGUAUCCCAGCCACAGAUUUACAGGCCCCGUUCUCUGGAGUGACUGUCGGUGAUCUAAUUCCGGGACAUUCCUAUCGAUUCCGGGUGCUACCCUAUAGAGACGAUAUUUACGGGAAACCUAUUCAAACUAUGCGGCUGUACACCGUCCCAGAAUCUCGUCACGAAGCACAGGAGGAUCUCACAUUUGAUCGAAUUCAACUUCCCGCACCACAGGGUCCUCUGCGUGUUGAUAGACUGUCCUCCGAUAUCUGUCGCCUGAGCUGGAGGGCACCCCGUUUACCAUUAAGCAUCGAGCCAACCCGGCGUGAGAGGCUGGAAAGUCAAUUUGAAUAUGUUAUUGAGCAACGCUUACCUCAUAGGCGUAUGUGGUAUGAAGUAGGUCGAACUAGGGAGCUGCACUACCUCACCCCGUUAGACACAACCAGUCAGUUCCGAAUCCGAACAAUAUUUUCGGAAGUCUCGGAGCAUGAAGCAAAACACACAUUCGCCUUGUCUUACGAUAGCCUCAAGUCAGAUUGGGUCACUGUCAGGGAGGGUGUGGAGGAUGUAUAUUACCGGACUGCCAAAAGGAGGCGUUCUGCGGACACUGAAUUCGACCUUGGAAAUUUCGUUCCUGAUAGACUCAUUGCGAAACAUAUUGGGCGAACGUCAGUUCUCCUGGAAUGGACGGCUAAUGAAUUGAAAGUGCCGACUUACGGCUAUAUGUUAUUAGAGAAGAGACUCAUUGAUCAACACAGGUUGGGAAUCUGGGAGCCCGUCGCUCGAAUACCUUGGACUCCAGGAACCACAAGUUAUGAAGUCCUCGGAUUGAGAUCAGGUUCAUCUUAUGAAUUUCGUCUUCUUGGAGUGGAUGAACAGACUGGAGCGAGAAGUACCAAGGUGGCUUAUCUACCGUCUGCAAUCACUACGGGUGGUUUCGCAGAGACGUCUGAAGCAGCUCUCGUCACCUGGUUGACCGCUCCAAGGCGCCUCCGGGCUCAUGUGAGGUCCGACAAUGCUGAAGAGGGCAUACAACUUACUUGGUUGCCACCAGAGCUUUCUGAUCAGGCAUUAACGCGAGUUCGAUACAAACUAGAGGCUAGAGAGGUCGAUUCGUCCGGCUCUUUGAUUACCGACUGGUUGGUUGUAAGUAAGGAUAUUGCUCGAACUGAGUACUACGUCUCCCGGGCUAAAGUGGAUGAGAUGAGUUCGAAAGCAGUUGCUCUGGAAUCCCGCGAUCUUUUGCCAGGUAAAAAGCGGCGACCAGUCAGCUCCAUGGAUUUAGAGAGACGUCAAUGGCAAUUUCGGGUGACGGCCAGUUGCGAUAAGGCAGAAAGUGUUCCAGCAGUGAUCCAGGAACCAAUCGCAAUCGUACCACCAAAGCGACGUGUGCCAAUACGCUUCCUUAAUCUCAAGGAGGACAGAAUAAUCUACUCCGUUCUUGGUCAGCGCCUCGUCAUUACUGUGGAAGUUGAAGGGGAGCCCACACCGUCGGUAGCUUGGUACCUGAAUCACAUCCGACUGGACGAUCGGAUUUCUUCGGAUUAUCGCGUUGGUCGAGUCGGAGCCGGAGUGUUCGAACUGACGAUCGACAGGGUUCAAAGAAAUCAUGCAGGUUUACUGGAGUGCCGUGCAUGGAACGCUUAUGAAAUGGUUUCAAACAAGUGGGAAAUUGUGGUGGCAGCCGUACCACGCUUCAGUCGUUUCGACUGGUCGUUGGACGUGCGCGAGUUCGAGGUAAAACAUGGCGAUAGUUGGGAGCUACGCAUCCCAUUAGAAGACUGGGACUGUACUCAGGGUCAUGAAUGGAUAACUAAAGUUUGGUUGGAGCGACUGACUCGCAUACCUGCACUUGCCGACACCGGGAAGUUCCCCGAGUCACUGGAAUCUCGGGUUCGACUUCGAAUCAUCGAAGGACUUCGCUGGGUCGAACUUUUGGUCGAUUCGAUCAGCCUUACUGAUGCAGGUGUCUACAGAUUAUGGAUUCAAAACCAAGCUGGUCGCGACUACCUCGAUUUCCGACUUCGUGUAGCUGAUAAACCACAUGUUCGUCCGAAUAAACCCAGGGUGCUUCCUCACGGACCGGGUACCCUCGUCAUUUACUGGGAUAUACCACUCCCUACCAGUCGUUUGGAGGCCGAAAUUAAGUACACUGGCUACCGAGUUGAGUAUCGUCGUGAACAACCAGGUGCAUCAUGGAACUUCCUCGGAAGUACACCGGCUGAGCAAACACAAAUCCUGGUACGGAGCCCGUUAGAGCCAGAGGUGACCUAUCGCUUCCGUGUCUGUCUCGAAAACUGGCAUGGUUAUGGUCCAGCCAGCGAACCAUCCGAUCCUGUUCAACUGCCGACGCAUAGUAUUACAGAUGUCUACGAUGUCAUGGACGAGGUGCUUCCAUAUGCCGAUGGGUCCUUUGAAUCCCGCUAUACGAUCAUGGAGGAACUUGCUCGAACAAAACACGCCGGCCUGUAUCGUCUUGUUGAAAAAUCUACCGGCCGCUCCUACCUGGCCAAAAUUGUGGACACUUCGAGAGGCUCCACAGAGAGGUUGCAUACCAGUGCUCUUGGCUAUCGAUCGGAACAGGCACGACGAGAUAGUUUGCCACCAAGACCAGUGAGUGCCAUGGACACUGGUCGUCUGAUGGAUCGACGAGUGACCUCUCAACUGAGUUUGAGUAGAACCAGCUUAACAGAUUCGGAUGAAUGGAGGCGACAACGAACCGAACAGGAACUAAAGCUGCUCACCAAAAUACAGCAUGGAGCACUUGCGAAGUUCCACGAGGCUUAUCAAGAUGCAAGACGAACCGUUGCGAUUAUGGAAGAUGUAACUGCAGGUGGCACCUUAUGGCACCAGUUGAGUCAUCGGAUCACAAUGACGGAAACCAAGGCGGCCGAAAUACUACGUCAACUUCUAGAUCUGACAAACCAACUGCAUCGUUCGGGAUUCGUUCAUCUCGGUUUGCAGAUUUACUAUAUUGCUUUCGACUUAAACAGGACAACUGGUGAUACGGAAGGUCCCCCGGAACUAACACGCAUGGAGCGACUUCAGUUGUCACCGAAAAUGGUUAAAUUCACAAAACGUCUGUUACAUCCAGAUCCAUCCAAAAGACCGACAGCCGCCGAAGCCUUGCGAGACCCAUGGUUAACUUCGAUUACAACGCAAGCGGAACCCAGGCCAUCAGUUACUUCAUUAACUGGUCGACAGCGUUUAUCUGGGGAGAGCCUGAUUGACGAAGAUUUAUUAACGCAUAAUGUUGCCGAGAGCAUCAGCAAACAAGCAUACACACGUCUGUUGCGCUGGAUUGAUGCUAGUCAUGCUGCAGAGCAGGAUGAGAGAGAGGUGGAAGAGUUAAUCUCUGUACGUCGUCGCCGUCAUUCUCAACAGUACCUGAGAGAGAUGGAAACAGAGGUUUUCGAAUCUCGGAAAGAUAUAGUCGUUCACGCGCAUGUUACCGCCAGAGGUCAAGCCCCGGAGAUCCUCACUCCAAUGGGAAGCGUCAGUGUGGAGGAGGGUGGGCCAGCAGUACUAAAGUGUGCAGUACAUUUGCCUCGCCCACGUAAGUCCACAACUCCUUUGGAUCGAAUGUCAAACCUGAAAAUAUACUGGUACUUGAACGGCCGAGAGUUGAAGUUAUCGGAACCAACGGUCAAACUGACCCAACCACAAAGGCAGCACUACAUGUGUACUUUUGACCCGGACACUGGAGAUGUCAGGCUACACAUCGAUGAGGUGACCACCUAUGACGCUGGAACAUACGAAGUUAGGGUCGUCGGUCAGUACGGUGAAGUAUCCGAUUCGGCCAACCUUCGUGUAUAUGCAGCCCCACAUAGACCAUCAAGCCGAAUAGAGCUUCAGGCCUCUGAAGAGUUGGGGGCGCGUAUUCUCUUGCCUUUGGUGGACGUGUCAGCAGCUAGCGGGAACCGAAUACAAUUGAAGGCUAAGGUGGCUGGAAUACCACUUCCGCGUUGCACCUGGCUACACAAUGGUGUGCCUCUAGUUGCUUCAACCCGAAGACGAUUUUAUCAAGAAGAAACGGGUGGGCUCCACAGCUCAGAGCUUCAGUUGACUUUGGAAUUGGUCAGUCUGAAUACAGCUGACUCCGGUCUAUACACAUUGGUUGCGACGAACAAACACGGCUCUCAGUCAUGUUCGGCCGUUGUUGAUGUUCUGGGCACGCUAAACGAAGACUAUGAGGCGCCUCAUUUUCUUGUUGAACUCACGAGUACCACUGUGGUCGAAGGCAGCGCUGCUCGCUUCGAGGCCUGUGUUCGCGGUCAACCUGCACCGACAGUUCGAUGGCUGAAAGACGGUAAACCGUUACUGACCGAUGGAAUCCGGCUGACUGUGUCACAGUCGUCUACCGAGCGAUCAACCACAAACACCACAAGCCACACAUUACUUGUAAGAGAUGCCCUACUUCGAGAUAGUGGGACUUACACAUGCAUCGCUACCAGUGCUGCCGGAACAGCUAUCACGGAGGCAGCUCUGCAUGUACGAGGCUUGUUCAAUCGCGGAAUGCCAGGUGGAUCGGAGUCACUGGGUAUUCGUCACCGCUUACCCGAAUUCACCCGUCGUUUGCGUAAUCAGCAAAUCGUGCUUGGAGGGAAUAUCCGACUUGCUGCUUCUGUACUAGCCCAACCAUCGGCAACUGUGAUCUGGCAAAGGGACGGAGUAGAGAUCAACACUAACUUGGAACCAAGGAUAACGGCUAAAAAUCAAAGCGGACAUCUUGAGCUUGUGAUUGAGAACGUGACAAGAGAAGAUCUAGGUCAGUAUACAGUGAUUGCAUACAACGCUGCGGGUGAAGCUCGUUGCUCUUGUGUGUUGUCCGUGUUGGAGGAACAUCAAUUCCGCUUGCCUCAGUUCACGCGCGAACUCCGUGAUCACACAGUGCUCGAAGGGAACAACAUAUUCCUGGAAGCGAUUGCAACUGGAGAACCUCCUCCAGAUUUCAAAUGGGAGAAGGAUGGAUUCGAAAUAUUGCCUGACGGCAUCGACGCACAACGAAUCGUGCCAAGUGUCAAUGGCCUUGGUCAUGCUUGCCUAACCAUCACUAAGGCUCGGCUAUCAGACGCCGGCCUCUAUCGGUGCAUAGCACAUAAUCGUUACGGACGUGAGCGCUGCACGGCGUUUGUCUACGUGGAAGCAAUCGGACGACGAGGGUCGACAGAUCGUCAUGCUCUGGGAACGGGUCUUCCUCUUGGCCGUGGUCGCUCUCUUCCCCCAGUCGGUUCGGGCAGGUACGCUCCUGGCACAGACCGUCCCCCGUCCCUCCCUCGAUUGACUGAGGAUGAAAUAUCCACUCGACGGCAAGGGUCCUCCAUAUCUCCGAAACCCGAUGGAUAUUUGAGCGUCAUACGUCCUCUGCCAAGCCACAUUCAAGUCGAAGAAGGCGAUACCCUUAACUUAACCUGUUUAGUCAGUUCAAACAUUCAUUACAUACGUGCAAAAUCUGCAUCGUCGGGACACCCCGUGAUCACCCUACCCUACCCUGAACACAUCUGCUGCGACCUCCCUAAUCUCCCCGAUGCCCUAGGAAUUCGUCGCCCUUCAACUGACUUGUCCUACAUUAGCAGUCCAACCCUGAACAAUACAACGGUGCUUCUCCACUCAAAAUGUUUAAUUUGA